AUGCAAAUUGCUUGGAGGUCUGACAUAGAGGACUUCACAGUAGCAGCAGGUCAUCAUGCCAUCACUGGCAAAGCCGUUACCGCGGAAGACACCUUUGCAUUUGGCUCGGGCACAAAGCCCUACACUGCAGUCCUUCUCCUGAAAUUGGCAUCUGAAGGAAAGAUUGAGCUAGAUAGGCCAGCCUCAGAAUAUGUGGAUGGCAUCCUUAAGCGCAUGAAUGGCACCUCUAUGGUGGGGCUUUUUGGAGCAGAUGCGGCGAAGGUCACUGUUGGCCACCUCUUGCGCAUGCAGAGCGGCUUGGCGGACUUCGACGUCUCUGGCUUCGAUGAUGCAUUGCUGAAGCAGGGUGGUUCUGUCCACAGCCCGCUGGAGUUUUUGCAUGCAGCGGCCAAGCAAAGCCCAGUGUUUUUGUGCAAUCCGGGGCAGUGCACGAGCUACACCAGCACCAACUAUGUGCUUGCUGGUUUUGUGGCGUUGGGUGCAGUUGCUCCAACAUCCGAUUGGACAAGCCUUGACCAGGCUCAGAUCUUUCCUCAGCCAGCAAGUGCAAAGUAUCAGAAGUGCACCUUUGCGGACACCGGCAGCUUGAACAAAACUUUGGACAUCCCAGGCGCCGCCGGGAGUUUUCUUCGAAGGACACAAAUCUACGGCCAAGAUGCCUCCAUUUUGGGUUGGACCUGUGGCAACCUCAUUGCGCCCGCGGGAUCUGCUGCUGAGUUUUUCUACGAUCUAUUGAUUGCCAAGCGAAUCGUCCCAUCGGAAAUGGUUGCGAAGAUGCAGGAGUUCGCUCCGUUGAACGUUGGCUGGGCAAAGGGUAUGAUCCAAUAUGGAACUGGUUUGAUGAUCCAGCAAGCAAGCUGGAAUGCAACUUACCCUCCGGUGAUGGGGAGCUGGGGGUCCUACGUUGGUCAUGGAGGCGAUACCUACGGCUUCCUUUCUGAGUCUGGUGUGCUCUCGCAAUUCAACGCCUCAUUCUCAGCCACUGCCAAUGAGGAGUACCUGGGCCCCUUUGUGAAGAAUGUGAUGGUUUGCACCAUGAUUAGAGUGGCUGCAAAAGUGCUUUUGGACCAAGAUGUGUUCUUGAAGUCGGCACCCCAUUGUGUUUUUGUGCAAAUGAAGUGUGCCAUGCGAUGCCAUGCGUAA